GCGGGUGAGCUGGUGGGCGUGUGUGUGUGUGUGUGUGUGUGUGAAGGGGUUGGAGGUUAAGAGACUGCUCUCCUAGUUUCACACAUACGGCACUCUUUUCUGGCUUUCUCUCCUGUCAUACACGCCACACAUACACACACACACCACGUACACUUACAAACACACACAUGUACACUUAUGCACUUGUCAAGCUAACGGGCAGAUACUCACACUAGUUGCCACUAUCUCUCACACACACACACACACACACACACACACACACACAUACACGUAACUCUGUCUGCGGACUCCGGCGUUGCCCCCUUGGUUUGCCGUGGUGUGGCGAGCGUGGCAAACGAGGUAUGGAAAGGACCGAGAGGAUUCAAAGGCCCGUCAUGGGCUCUGCAGACUCCUACACCAGCCGGCCGUCGGACUCAGACGUGUCCCUGGAGGAGGACCCUGAGGCUCUGAGGAAGGAGGCCGACAGACAGGCGCUCGCCACGCUUGAGAAAGCAAAGACCAAACCGGUGGCGUUUGCUGUGCGGACAAAUGUCGGUUACAACCCCGGCCCCAGUGACGAUGUCCCUGUGCAGGGCAUGGCCAUAUCCUUUGAAGCCAAAGACUUCUUGCACAUUAAAGAGAAGUACAACAACGACUGGUGGAUCGGGCGUCUGGUGAAGGAAGGCUGUGAGGUGGGCUUCAUCCCCAGCCCGGUCAAACUGGAGAACACCCGUCUGCUGCAGGAGCAAAGGAUGAGACAGAACCGACUCAGCUCCAGUAAAUCUGGAGGAAGCUCCAGUCUGGAUGUUGCCACGGGAACCCGCAGGCCCACCCCACCUGGCACAGCUCACGUGGACACAUCCACUGUGGCCUUUGACGUUGACCCCCUCGACCUGGAUGCUGAGGAGCCCCCUGAGUCCCAGGGUGACCCUCGCUCCUCCAAGGGCAUGUCAGGCAGCGUAACAUCCCCUCAGGCCAACACCCACCGACUGCCCUUCUUUAAGAAGAUGGAGCACGUCCCCCCCUAUGACGUGGUUCCCUCCAUGAGACCCAUCAUCCUAGUCGGGCCGUCACUCAAAGGCUACGAGGUGACAGACAUGAUGCAGAAGGCGCUCUUUGACUUUCUGAAACACAAGUUUGAGGGCAGGAUAUCCAUCACACGGGUGACAGCUGACAUCUCCCUGGCCAAACGCUCAGUCCUCAACAACCCCAGCAAACACACCAUCAUCGAGCGCUCCAGCACCCGCUCCAGCCUGGCCGAGGUGCAGAGUGAGAUUGAGCGUAUCUUUGAACUGGCCCGCACUCUCCAGCUGGUCGCUCUGGAUGCAGACACCAUCAACCACCCCUCUCAGCUGGCUAAGACCUCCCUCGCUCCCAUCAUUGUCUAUAUCAAAAUAGCCUCACCUAAGGUCCUCCAGAGACUCAUUAAAUCCAGGGGGAAGUCCCAGGCUAAACACCUAAAUGUGCAGAUGGUGGCAGCAGACAAGUUGGCUCAGUGCCCACCUGAAUUGUUCGACAUCAUCCUGGACGAGAACCAGCUGGAGGAUGCCUGCGAGCACCUGGCUGACUACCUGGAGGCCUACUGGAAGGCAACACACCCCCCGAGCAGCAACCCUCCCAACCCUCUGCUCAACCGUACCAUGGCCACGGCGGCCCUGGCCGCCUCCCCCGAGCCCGUCUCCAACCUGCAGGGGCCGUACCUGGUGCACGGUGAGCAGAAGCGAGAAGGGCCUCUGACAGAGUGCGGCGGGAGUGGCACGCUUCACGACUAUCAGACCGACCUGGGAGGAAAGCCUCAGCAGCAGCAGCAGCAGCAGCAGACGUACCUGCGCUCCUCUCGUGGCCAGCUACGAGGAGGCAGCGGGCGAGGCCUGUCGCGGCAAGACACCUUCGACUCCGAGACCCAAGGCAGCCGGGACUCUGCCUACACCGAGGCUGGCGACUCCUGCAUGGACAUUGAGACCGACCCCUACGAGGAGCCCGAGCCCUACCGAGGGGGAGGGGGCAGCCGCCUGCACCUGGCGCAGCAUCAUGGCAGACAGGCGUCCUGGGAAGACGAGGGCGCCGAGCCAGACCAGGAGAAUCUGAACCACCCUCCAAUGCCGAGCCAGACGCAGCCGCAUGGACGUGCCAAGCUGAGGGAGCGUUACUGCCAGGACCCUGUGGACACAGGGGCCAACAUGAGCCGCAACAAGAAUCAGGACGACUGGGGGAGGGACGUCUACAUCCGCUGAACACACAUCUUAACACAAAGGCAAGCAAGCUCCUGGACGGACUGAGGACAGAGGGAGGGUGGGGGAUUCGGAAGGAACUGUAGUGUGGGUUUGGGGCCAUGCCAGUCAGGCUAACAAAUUAAUCUGUUUACAUCCCAGUACAAUGUAAAGAAACACAUCAACUGCCAGAUGCCAUUCUCAUCAACUUCUUGCAAUUCAAUUUAGUUAUGUUUAGAAAAAUACUAUUGGUCUGUUUUUUGUUCCUUAUGUUAAUACUGCAUGAAUACCAUGGAUUUCUAUACUGACAGCACGAGGACAGUAAUUGUUACGAUUGUGAAUCUAUGAUUGUGAUCUGUACGACUCAAUCUCUCCUUCAGUUAUAGAGUGUGAAGGCUAGUAGAGCUGUAGUCUGUCACGUCUGUCCUCUGCAGUCUUAAACAGGGUCUAAAGUCAUCGUCCCCCAUGUAUGUACAGUGUCAGGGUUCUUCUUUACCUUAAUCUCACUCUGUGUUUUUGGAUUUCAGGGUUUCCUCCCAUAACGAGAUCCAGAGGUUACAAGUCUCUCACCUCCACUCUCUUAUCACCCAGACCUUAAAAAAAAAAAGCUGGUGGACAAGUUGCCAUAUUAUAACGUGAAAAUUUAUUGACGUUGCUACACUCAUCUCAGCUUGAUAACAACAAAGAAUACACUCCAAAGACGUUUACUUCUUCCCUGAAAUGGUUCAGCCACUGUUCACAACUGUACACCUGGUCCUCUCCCGUUUGUUUUCCCCUUCUUCGUGGGUUGCUGAGGGCGCCUGCAGUAUUCACUCGUUUCUCUGUUUUUUCUAACGUGGUGCAGAUUCAAAAAAGCAGCACCGCCGUUGUAGUUGUGUGAAUGACAUGUCCUGCCUUAGUCACUCCCCACCCCUGAAAACACCCUUAAAUUCAAGAAAACUCCAAUCACAAGUGCCGGAAUGUCUCGCCAAGCCAUGUCCACCACUGCCACGGUGGGAUGUCUUAACUCUUGUUACACUUAUUUUCAUACCAUAAUCUGUGUCUCUUCGUGUCUCGUGGCUACUCCGCAGCGUAACCCAUGCUGUCGCUCCAGCACGUCGCUCAUCUCGUUUUCUUUGCACCAGCUUCGUCGUCUUGUUUUUUCAGGGCUAAUGGUUAUAUUUAAAAAAAAAAAAGUACUUGUGUGUGUGGUUAAUCACUCCCAACUUCCACCCAAAACAGCUAGCUUGUCUGAUAUUAAAUACCACUCUCUUCUUACUCUUGA